AUGCCUGAAGAUAACGCCCAUGCUAAAGUCUGGCAUCUCUACAAUGACCAUUUUCGUCCAACUCAAAGAGGAAAAGUGUCCAUUGCCCUUAGCUCCCACUGGAUAAAACCACGACAUAUGACUGAAAAAAACAUAAAAGAAUGUCAAAAAUCCCUUGAUUUUGUGCUCGGGUGGUUUGCUAAGCCCAUAUUUAUUGAUGGUGACUAUCCAGAGAGCAUGAGGAGCAACCUCUCAUCUCUGUUGCCUGAAUUCAGUGAAGUUGAGCAGAAAUAUAUCAAGGGAACAGCAGACUUUUUUGCUCUUUCUUUUGGAGCUACCCUGAGCUUCCAGCUCUUGGACUCCCACAUGAAAUUCCAGCAGUUGGAAUCAAUAAGCCUGAGGCAGCUCCUGUACUGGAUAAGCAGUGAAUAUAACAACCCCCAGAUAUUCAUUGUGGAGAACAGCUGGUUUGUUUCUGGUAGCACCAAGAGAGAUGAUGCCAAAUAUAUUUACUAUCUUAAAAAGUUCAUUAUGGAAACUUUAAAAGCCAUCCGGUACGACGGAGUUAAUGUGUUUGGCUACACAGUCUGGUCCCUCCUGGAUGGCUUUGAAUGGCACAGGGGAUACAGCAUUCGACGUGGAUUGUUUUAUGUUGAUUUUCAAAGCCACGACAAGAAGUUGAUGCCCAAAUCUUCUGUCUUGUUCUAUCAAAAGCUGAUAGAAAAAAAUGGUUUCCCACCUUUGCCUGAAAACCAGCCCACGGAAGGGAUUUUUCCCUGUGGCUUUGCUUGGGGAAUUGUUGACAACUACAUUCAGGUAGACACGACACCCACCCAGUUUCUUGACUCUAAUGUUUACAUGUGGGACGUUCACCAGACGAAGAAGCUUAUUAAAGUGAAUGGAGUUUUCACCUCCAGACGCAAGCGCCACUGUGUUGACUUUGCUGCUAUGAGACUCCAGAUCUCUCUUCUGCAGGAAAUGCAUGUCACACACUUCCAUUUUUCACUGAAAUGGUCUUUAAUCCUUCCUUUAGGUAACCUUUCUCUAGUCAACCACACACUUGUACAUUAUUAUCAGUGUUUUGCUAGUGAACUUCUCAGAGCUAACAUAACUCCUGUUGUUGCUUUAUGGCAACCUAUGGCCGAGAAUCAAGAGCUUCCAGUUUCCCUUGCCAAAUAUGGAGCUUGGGAAAACCCAGAAACCAUUCAAGCUUUUGUUGAGUAUGCCAAAUUCUGCUUUACAAGUCUUGGGGGCCAUGUCAAAUUUUGGAUCACAAUGAAUGAACCGCCUGUGAAAAACUUGACAUACACCGCAGGGCACAACCUGUUGAAAGCCCAUGCGAAAGCAUGGCAUCUGUAUGACAAAGAAUUCAGGAGAUCUCAGAAGGGUAAAAUAUCUAUAGCUCUGCAAGCUGACUGGGUAGAACCAGCUUGUCCCUUUUCCAGGAAUGACCAAGAAGUUGCUGACAGAAUUUUAGAGUUUGACAUCGGCUGGCUUGCAGAGCCCAUCUUUGGGAAAGGUGACUACCCACAGGUGAUGAGAGCAUGGCUUCACCGAAGAAACAGCGUUGACCUGUAUAAUUUCCACUUGCCUUAUUUCUCAGAAGAUGAAAAGAAGUUAAUCCAGGGCUCAUUUGAUUUUUUUGCCUUGAGUCACUACACUACUACCCUCGUGGGCUGGGAGAAAGAAGAUGCAUUAAAAUAUGACCACUAUCUUGAAGUUCAAAUGAUCAAUGACAUCACAUGGCUGCACUCCCCCAGCAGAGCUGCAGUAGUGCCCUGGGGACUGCGUAAAUUGCUGAAGUGGGUUAAAUCAAAGUAUGGCGAUGUCCCAGUUUACGUUACGGCUAAUGGAAUUGAUGAUGACCAGAAUAUGGUGCAUGAUAAGCUCAGAGUGUAUUACAUACAGAAUUACAUCAAUGAAGCUUUAAAAGCUUACAGCUUGGAUAACGUUAACCUGCAAGGAUAUUUUGUCUAUUCUUUUAAUGACAAGACUGCUCCUAAAUAUGGUCUUUACAGUUAUGUUGCAAAUCAAUACGAACCAAAGCCUUCUAUGAAACAUUACAGAGAAAUAAUUGACAAUAACGGUUUUCCUGGUCCUGAAACUCCUGAGUUGCUGUGCCGAGAAGAGAUUGCCUCAUGUUCUGAAUGCCACUUCUUCCGAACCAGAAAAUCAUUAUUAGCCUUUAUCUCUUUCAUAUUUGUUGCUUUUAUUGUUACUAUAUUCUUCAUUACUUACUACUCCAAGAGGGUAGAAAGAAGGUAUAAAUAG